AUGUGUGUAGACUUCACAGAUCUGAAUAAGGCGUGCCCCAAGGAUAGCUUCCCGCUGCCAAGCAUCGAUCAACUAGUGGACUCCACAGCAGGCCACACCCUAUAUGCAUUCCUAGACGCCAAAGCAGGAUAUCAUCAAAUACCCAUGGCAUCAGAGGAUCGGGAAAAAACGGCUUUCGUGACAGACCAGGGAUUAUUUUGUUACAGAACGAUGCCAUUCGGCUUAAAAAAUGCAGGAGCCACAUAUCAGCGAUUGGUGAACUCCAUAUUCAGAGAUCAGAUCAGAAAGCACAUGGAGGUCUACGUAAACAACAUGAUUAUUAAGAGCGUCAGGACAGAAGAUCACUCGGCAGAUGUGAAGGUAGUCCUAGAGACACUAAAAAGGUACCAAUUAAAGCUAAAUCCGGAGAAGUGUGUAUUCGGGGUACCUGCAGGCAAAUUUUUGGGAUAUAUGGUCUCUCAACGCGGGAUCGAAGCCAACCCAGACAAAAUCGAAGCAGUUUUAAAAAUGACACCGCCCAGGAGCAUACACGAAGUCCAAAAACUCAACGGGCGUAUCACCGCUCUAGGUCGAUUCAUGUCCUGCUCGGCGAAGCGAUGUCUACCUUUCUUCAAGACACUGAAACAGAUCAAGAACUUUACAUGGACAGCAGAAUGCCAGACGGCGUUUGAUGAAUUGAAGAUCUUCCUUUCGUCACCUUCACUCUUGGUCAUCGUACGAACCGACCAACCAUUACAAAAAAUCCUCCAGAAGGCAGAAACAAGCGGACGUAUAGCAGAAUGGGCUGUCAAGAUAGGAAGCUUGGGCGUUAUCUACGAAGCCCGGAAAGCCUUGAAGGCUCAGGCACUAGCCGACUUCUUCGCAGAAUUAACGUUUACAGAGCCAAUGGAAAGCAAGAAGAACCCCUGGAAAAUACAUGUCGACGAAGCAGUUUGUGGAGAAGGAGCAGGGAUCGGUGUCGUGCUGAAAGGACCAGGGAGAGUCCAAAUGGAAUACUCUGCUAGACUCGAAUUCCCAGCUUCCAACAACGUCGCAGAAUAUGAGGCACUAAUGACAAGAUUACAAUUAUGUGAAGAACUCAAUAUUUCAGAAGCUCAGAUAUACAGCGAUUCGCAGCUGGUCGUGAACCAAGUCUCAGGGAGUUUUGAAGUAAAAGAAACAACACUGAAGAAGUACGCCAAGCAAGCCAAAACCUUCUUCGUCAACAAUGGGCGAUCCUGGUUGCUACAACAAAUACCCAGAGCAAUGAAUGGAAGAGCAGAUGAAUUGGAAAAAUGGGCCGUAACAAAGAAUUACGAAUCAAUGAAGAACAUCCCCCACGAAAUCAAGCGACAACCCAUCUUUCAAAAGGAAAGGGAAGAAGGAGAAGUGCUAAUGGUCGAUGGAGAAGAAACCUGGAUGACUCCCAUCACGACAUAUUUGGCUAAUGGAGUACUCCCCGAAGACAGAAAAGACGCCAAGAAGAUAGUGAUAUUGUCAUCCAAGUUCGGCAUAUACAAUGGCCAGCUAUAUAAACAGUCAUUCACCCAUCCUUGGCUGAAGUGUGUUGACAAAGAAGACGGAGAGUACAUCAUGUAA